GCACAGACAUUCGUAACUGCUGCGGCUGUGUGUACAGACCGUCGCUUCUCCGCUGCUGGAGUUUUUGGCGUCCCUGUGCCGCUGCGCGCGGAUUUCUAUAGCCCCGGUUCGGGCCCGCGAAUGCCUGGCAGCCGCGCGCCAUCUUCGCCCAGCGCCAUGGCCGCGGCCGGUGGUCCCGGAGCGGACAGACGCUGCCCUCUUCUCGGCCUCCUUUUGCUUCUGAUCGCAGGCCCAGCCCUGGGCUGGAACGACCCUGACAGAAUAUUGUUGCGGGAUAUAAAAGCUCUUACCCUCUACUAUGACCGCUAUACCACCUCCCGUCGGUUGGAUCCGAUCCCACAGUUGAAAUGCGUCGGAGGCACAGCUGGAUGUGAUUCUUAUACCCCAAAAGUUAUACAGUGCCAGAACAAAGGCUGGGAUGGCUAUGAUGUACAGUGGGAAUGUAAGACUGAUUUAGAUAUUGCAUACAAAUUUGGAAAAACUGUGGUGAGCUGUGAAGGCUAUGAAUCCUCUGAAGACCAGUAUGUACUAAGAGGUUCCUGUGGCUUGGAGUAUAACUUAGAUUACACGGACAUUGGCCUGGAGAAACUGAGAGCGUCUGGGAAAAACUAUGGCUUUAACUCCUUCUCUGAUAAAAAUAAUUCCGGUGGCAUCAGUGGACUGAUUACCAUCAUGGUGUUUCUUGCUAUUGCCUUUGGAGUCUAUAAGUUGUUCCUUAGUGGUGGUCAAGAUUCUCCUCCACCGUAUUCUGAGUAUCCUCCAUAUUCUCACCCUUAUCAGGGAUUCACCAGCUCAGCAGGACCCCCUCCCUCAGGCUUUAAGCCACAGUUCACAGGAAUGCCUGGUGCAACGUCUGGUUUUGGCAGUGCUUUCACAGGACAAGGACACGAAAAUUCGGGACCAGGUUUCUGGACUGGCUUGGGAACUGGAGGAAUAUUAGGAUAUUUGUUCGGCAGCAAUAGAGCAGCAACACCCUUUUCAAACUCAUGGUACCACCCAUCUUAUCCUUCAUGCUCCAGCACAGGGAGUAGUCAUGCUUACUCUCCGCCUCGUGGAAGCUCAGGCAACUGUUCCAGACCAGCGUCAGGAUAUGGUGGUACCAGAAGACGAUAAGAAAAUAAAAAGUUGAAGUCAAACACUGGAUGCAAAGUUUUUGAUUUUUCAUCAUUUUCUCUUUUAAAAAAAAGUGCUACCAGCUAACAACUGGGGAAAGGGUAUAUUAAAAAAUUCUGUGGUGUUUUGUUUUGUAUAGCUUUUUGUAUUUCAUCAUUUAAUGAAACGAAGUAUUGAUAUUAUGACAAAAUACUUAUGUAGAAAAUUGUGUUGGUGUCACAUGCAGAUGUUUAUUACAGUUUUUGAAAGUGAUGAUUACUGUAGAAUGCUGAAAAUGUAUUAUUUAAUUUCUAAAACCUGUCAAGUCAUGGAGAAGCAUUAUGAAUGAGGCUUUAUACCAGUAGACCCUGAGUGUAUAAAAUGUCUAUGUGGUUUCUGUUCCUGAGCCAUAACCUCAUAGAAACAAUAAUAUAUUUGGUAUUUAGUAUUUGGUAUUUGCUAUUCUUCAAACAUUUAAACCAAGCUUUGAAUUACUAAUUAUACUAAUCUGUGGGUUUUGAUUACUUUGAGCUCAGGAGCUUUGAAUCCUUCUGUGGUGGUAAGGUUCUGGUGAAUAUUACCUUUUUUAGGAAAAGGUAGAAAAAAACAAGUAUCUAGAAAGUUGUUGUGAAUGACUGUACUGAUAAAAAAUUCUUGAAAUCUCUUUAUUCAUUUAAGAUGUAAAGUUCAAAUGCUUCAACAAAGGUCUUCAAUACAAAAGCAUGCAAUUCUCUGGAAUCUCAAAUAUUGUUGUAGCAUCUAUUUCAGUCUUACAUUAAAUUGAAA